AUGAUAUCGCUGAUCGUGCCACCCCGUGAUCAGGUAUGUCGAGUCACCAAGCUGUUGGGUGAUGAACAUGGGACCGCCUCAAACAUCAAGAGGAGAGUCAACAGGCAGUCUGUCUUGGCAGCUAUUACCUCUUCCCAGCAAAAGUUGAAGCUGUACAAUCGAGUUCCCACCAAUGGAUUGGUGCUUUACACCGGAACCAUCCUCACCGAUGAGGGGAAAGAAAAGAAGGUCAGCAUUGAUUUUGAGCCAUUCAGGCCAGUUAAUGCUUUCAUGUAUCUCUGUGACAACAAGUUCCACACCGAGGCACUGCAUGAGAUGCUCGAGUCCGAUGAUAAGUUUGGCUUCAUUGUCAUGGACGGUAAUGGAACGCUGUUUGGAACCCUGAGUGGCAACACUAGGGAGGUUCUACACAAGUUCUCUGUUGAUCUCCCAAAGAAGCAUGGCCGAGGAGGGCAGUCAACACUUCGCUUUUCCCGCCUGCGCGUGGAGACCCGGCACAACUAUGUGCGCAGGACGGCUGAGCUUGCUACUAGAUUCUUCAUUGACCCUGCCACUAGCCAGCCAAAUGUUUCUGGUCUCAUUCUAGCUGGUUGCGCUGACCUCAAGACUGAAUUGAGUCAAUCUGACCUGUUUGAUCAGCGCUUGGCAGCCAAGAUACUGAAGGUUGUCACUGUCUCUCAUGGUGGAGAGGAUGGCUUCAACCAGGCCAUUGAGAUAUCUGCUGAAGUCCUUUCCAAUGUCAAGUUCAUCCAAGAAAAAAGGUUGAUGGGAAAGUACUUUGAGGAGAUAAGCCAAGACACUGGGAAGUAUGUUUCUGGUGUGGAUGACACCAUGUCUGCCCUUGAAAUGGGUGCAGUUGAAACACUGAUUGUGUGGGGAAAUCUUGAUAUCAAUAGAUACAUCUUGAAGAAUUCUGCUACCGAAGAAACUGUGGUAAAGCACUUCGACGAGGCACAGGAGGCAGAUCAGAGCAACUUCAAAGAUAAGGCGACAUCGGCAGUGUUGGAGGUGGUUGAGAGGACCGUGCUGCUGGAGUGGUUUGCCGAAAACUAUUGGCAGUUUGGUUGUGCGCUGGAGCUCAUCACGAACAAUACGGAGCAAGGAUCUCAGUUCUGUUCGGGCUAUGGUGGGAUAGGAGGGAUCCUCCGCUACCGGGUUGACUUGAACGCUUACGAAGACCCAUCUGAUGAGGAGUAUGAUGAAGGCUUUGAGGAGCAAUCUACUGAAACUCCAGUGAAUUCAGUCCGGGAGGAGCCUGCCGUAGCCUGGAACCAGAACGCUCCGCGACAGGAGGCCGAGGCAUCUACAAGCUCAUCCAGGAAAAAUUAA